GACCGGACCGGUACUGCACCCCACCUGGAUCAGUUUAACUGCACUUGUAAACACUUGACACGGAUCAAGACGGAUAAAGUCAAACAAGUGUGUGCUAGUCUGCUAUUGUUGGGGCUGUUUAGUCUUAAUCGUUGAGUUUUUAACCUCAUUAAUCAUCUCUGAGCGUAUAACCGACUUCUCUUCUUCUGUGUUCGUGUCGACGUGAAGCUCCGCCGAAUCAGGAAGUCCGGGGCAUUUUUUGAGACAGAAAAACUUGAAUGGACAGUGGACGCAGUGGCACCGUUUUAUCGACAAAUAAUGGCGACUCGAGCUCGUUGACGCUUGUAAAUAGUCCAUAAAUGUCGUUGUAACUGUGUCAUUAACUUAUCUCAGUCGUCGUUUGUUAACCCGGAACACCUGGAUAUUCACUGUGCGGGUGAGAGUGAUGGAUGUUCCUCAUCUCACCGAGGAAGAAAUGGCAGAGAUUAAAAAAGACGUGCUGACCAGACUGCGGCACUAUCUCUGCGACAAGAUAAGAGCCGAGCGCCACCUCGACUACCUGCGCGCCCGUCGGAUCCUGACGCGGGACGACGCAGAGGAAAUCAGCUGCAGGACCACGCAGACCAAGAGGACGGCCAUGUUGUUGGACAUGCUGGCCGAGAACCCCCUGGGCCUGGACGCGUUGUGUGACUCCAUAAAGGAGAUGCGCUCACAAAACUUCAUCAUCACCAAAAUCACUGAUGAGGUGCAAAAGGCCAAAAACGAGAAGAUCGAGUCUCUCAGAGCCGGAGCCUCCAGUUCCUCAUCUGACAGCAAAGUUAGCACUCCAAGCACAAUCAGCGACCUCACCACCAUGUUUUCAAACAACUCCACAGUGCUCUUCCACCCAGAUGGAGAGCGGAGCCCUUCCUCUUCAGACGUGACGGGCUCGCUCACCCUGCCAUCCAUACAGAGAGGUGGAGGCUCGCCCUCUGGGGCCAGUGCUAGCAUCAGCGUAGUUUCAUCUACAACCUCCUCCAGCCUCCUGAGGCCCGGAGAUCCGGGAGCUCCUCCGCUACCAGACGAGGUGAUGGUCGAAUCCCCGUCCAACAUAGAUGCCGGAGCGCAGGGGUGCACCAGCAGCGGAGGAGACUCAAACUUCCAGCCGCUCCGGUCGCGCUCGCUUGACCCGACGUCACAUAGGGGCGUCUUUUAACUUGACACCUCAAGAGACAGUUCUCAUGCAGGUCAUGGACAAACUAACGUGGCCUGACUCAUAUACGAACACUCUCUCACUCUCUGUUCUCUGUGUUGCUCCUGCCUUUGAUUAGGUAGUUAGUGAGACAUUAAUAUGGGAUAUAUCAUUAUAGUACCAAUCAGCUUGUUACAGGAGAAAAUGUGGGAACUUUGUCACAAGGGCUGUUGUGUUGUUUUAAAGUUCUUGAAAAUGGUGCCAAUUCGAAAGGAGCCCAAAAUAUUGCCUUAAUUUUAAGAAUUGAUGAAACAAUUUUUUUUUUUAGUGAACAAAAAAAGCCACAUCUCAAAUGUUAGAUGUUCCGGGUUUGUACAAAGUCUUGAAAGUUCGGAAAACGCUUAAUUUUAAUGUUUUCAAGGUUAGGAAUAUGCUUGAUCUUAUUUAAUCAUUUAAAGGUACACAUUUUAGUUUAAAAGAUUCAAAAUGUAACUAAAAUUAUCAACAGAAUCUUGAGAAAUGAACGUUUUGAUGUCUAUCUAAGUAAUCUAGCAUGCUAACCAGCUAGCCCCAGGCCCGAAAACCUCUUUCUACCAGCUGUCCAAAGCUCCUGUGCUAGCAUGGUAAACACUAGCACUCCCCUGGUAGUCCGACUGGCUAACUGAGCUAACAAGCUAACAAUACCUACAGUCAUGGAUAAACAGAAUAAAGCUAGCAGCAGUUAACAGUUAGCCUACUGUGGGAGAUGCUGCUGUUAUUUGUUGGGAGAAUGAAUUCAACAGUGGCCAAUUCUUAAAACAAUUGAUGCUUUGAUACUUUGCGUAUAAAAAACUAUCAAAUUAACCCAGAUAUUAACAUUGUUACAAAUGUUUUGGGAUCUGUUCAAUCACUGUUUUAGUUCCAACACUGUGUGCAAGUUGUGAAUUUGAAAAAAAGAAACAAAGAAAUUAUGAUAUGUGUGCCUACGACUUAUUGAUUAUCGUUUCGUUUUUUUUCACCACUUCAGACAAAAGGAUAAUAUUUAAAAAUCUGGUAUCCUGAGAACCUUAUAAUCUAUCAUAUAUGCUUUUUU